GCUGGUGUCUGUACCAGGGCGGAAGUGUGUAGGGCAUGCUGCUCUUGCCGCAGCCGGAACGGCGCUGGCGGCUGCUGUCCCUCGUGGCUGCCUGGGGAGUGCCCUGCGGGUCACCGGCUGCUCUGGCCCGCGCAGGCAUGGCGGAGAAGCCGCUCUCCGACCCCGUCGAUCCGAGCGGCUCCUCUCCGCCCGCAAAGCGGCGGAGGCAGCUGCAGCAGAAGAGGGCGGGCCUGCCGAAGGAGGGCGAGAAGCGAUAUGUUCCGCCUCCGAAGAAGCGGAAUCCCGGCAUCAGCUUCAGUGAGGUUCACUUCGCCGAAACCAGCUACUACUUCGAGGGAGGCCUGCGUAAGGUGAAACCCUACUUCUUCGACUUCCAGACCUACUGCAAGGGGCGCUGGGUGGGCAGGAGCCUCCUGGACGUCUUCAGAGCCGAGUUCCGCUCCCAGCCCCUCGAGUACUACCGAGCCGCGGCUAGCGCCGGCCGUCUCCGUCUCAACGAGCAACCUGUGCGGGAUCUCAGGGUCAUGCUAAAGAAUAAUGACUUCCUGCAAAACACAGUGCAUCGCCAUGAACCCCCCGUCACAGCGCAGCCAAUUGAAUUUCUGGAGGAAAAUGAGGAGGUGGUAGUUGUGGACAAGCCCUCAUCCUUACCAGUCCACCCAUGCGGCAGAUUUCGGCAUAACUCUGUCAUCUUCAUUUUGGGUAAAGAGCAUAACCUGAAGGAGCUGCACACGAUUCAUCGGCUUGAUCGCCUGACCUCAGGUGUCCUCAUGUUUGCCAAAUCUGCAGAAGUGUCCAAGCGGAUUGAUGAGCAGAUUCGAGAACGACAGCUGGAAAAGGAAUAUGUGUGUCGUGUACUUGGAGAGUUUCCAGAAGCUGAGGUGACCUGUGAAGAACCCAUUCUGGUUGUUUCCUACAAAGUGGGGGUGUGUCGAGUGGACCUCAAGGGUAAAGCCUGCAAAACAGUCUUCCAAAGGCUCAGUUACAAUGGCAAGACUAGUGUGGUGAAGUGUUUUCCGUACACUGGGCGUACCCACCAGAUUCGUGUCCAUCUGCAGUUCCUGGGACACCCUAUCGUCAAUGACCCCAUCUAUAACACAGAUGCCUGGGGACCUGCGAAAGGUAAAAAUGGCAAUGUUAACAAAACUGAUGAAGAGUUGGUUCGGGCAUUGGUGGAAGAACACCUUUUGAAAGAGAAUGGGGGUAUCUUGGACAUUGCUGAAGAAGAUCUGAAAUCAAUUGUAGGAGAUAAAGAACAUGGUAGAUCAGGGAACUGGGUGAAGCCUGUACAAGUCAGCCCUAUAAGCACCAGUGCUUGCAGAACUGAAGAAUUAAAGAGUGAAAAUGAAGGUGGAACAUGGAUGUGCACUCAGAAUUCUGCCCUCCAGUUACAGGUUCUUGAGUCAGAGAAUGGAGAAACUUGUACAAGUGAGCACCAGGAUGAAAAGGAUCAUUUAUGUGGAGAAUGCAAGAUAAUGAGGCCAGACCCGUCACCCAAAGAUCUUGUGAUGUAUCUCCAUGCCUUGCGCUACAAAGGAGCAGACUUUGAAUAUUGCUCCAAGAUGCCUAAAUGGGCACAGGACAACUGGGAAGAGACCUGAGAUUAUAAUGUUUUAUAAAUGCUUAAGUUUAUAUAUGGCAAGAAUGUUUCCCACAAAUGCUUUUAAAAAAUCAUCUGGGAAUCACUGACUGUGAUGAAUAGUGGUGGAGGAGGAAGAAUUCCAUUUUAAUUUGUUUGUUCCACAAACAGUGAAUGUCCCACAAACUAGCUUUUGCAGUAUGAUUUAUUUUGCAAAAUUUAUACCCUACCCUUCUGCUCUCAUAACAGCCACAAAGGCAGCUAAAACAAUAAAAUCACAUAUUAAAACCAUCAAAACCAACCAAAAGACACAUUGGCUAAUUAAAAUCACAGUUAAAAUGCAUACAAAAAUAAGGAAGGUGGGAUCACUGAGGGAACAUCAAGUAAAAUGGAAAAGUUCACCUGCUGACAGAUAAUUAGCAACACAAGGGGACAGACAAGUGUUCCUGGGGAGAGAGUUUCAGAACUUUAGGACCACAGCCAAGAAUGCCAUCUCCCAGGCUGUCACCCACCUAAUCUCAAAAGGUGGAGGCACCUGGAGCAGAACCUUCGAAGAUGACUACAUUGGUCAGGUAGAUUCAUAAGGGAAUAGGUAGUUAUGCCUUACAUGGUUCUUUCCCUCUUUCUUGCAAAGAUACUGGAAAAAAUUACAGAUAAUGCUGCCAGUCACCUAUAUUCAUUAUUUACAAAAUGUCCACAACUGGCAUGUUAUCUCUGCAUGUAAGAGAUAAUAGACUGUUAAAGUCUCUAACCAUGGCUUGUGUUAGCAAAUUUUAUAUAAUAAUUUGGUAUUUCAUUGUUUUCCUUCUGUCUCAAUCAACUGAUGAACUUUUCUCAAUACUGUUCGCCAGUGAGAACUUAGAUUCACUCAGCCUAGGAAGAAUUCCAUCUUGUAGGAGUUCAUGGCCUGUCUUUAAUGAGCUUGGUCUUUGGCCUUAGUGCACAUAUAUAUAUAUUUAGCUCCAACAGAUGUCAAAACACACAAGCAUAGUUUCUGUUCCAAACUUUUUAUGUUCUAAUUCAUUUCAGAACUAAUAAAACUGAACUGUUCAGAAUCUAAA